UUAUGGCCAGGACAAAUGGUCGCUGUGCACUACUUAGCAAUUUUGCCUUUCUGACUGUCAUCGGGGCUGCCCAGAUGGCUGCUCCGUAGGUUAGGACCCUCUCCGCGAGUCGUCCAUUAACAGGAACACAGGACAAGACGAACCCAGGGCUCUAAGAUCUCCUGUCUGUGCCUAAUAACAAGCAGGGAGACUGUCUAACACAUGCAGCGAUAUGCGGCCGACCAAUAUAAAUGCCUAAGGAAACCAUUACACCUCCACCACCGUACACUGCCCUUUUUCCAUGAUGAGAGAGGGAUGGUAUCCUGUUUAGACUCCCUCCAGAUACAGGUGCGCUGAGAAUCAGUGCCCAAACUGAAUCUCGACUCAUCUGUAAAAAGCACAGUGCUCCACUGAAGUAUGGUCCAAGGCGCAUGUUGUCUACACCAUGAUAAAAAGAGCUUUCUUUUGUGCUACAGUGAUCAAUAUGCAAACAGCGGGCCUUCUGGCACACAACCGUACAUCAUGAAGCUAUAGACCGUGAAAUUCGGGUUCCAGUGGCUGCGAACAACUCACACGAGAACUGUGAAGCUGUAGCACACUUGUGCCGCCACUCUGAAAUUACAAAAUCUUGUCGUGGUCUUCUCGAUGUGGACUCAGUGUCCCGAAAUUCUUUACAGAAUUUACAGAUAACAGUGGACGUUACAUUGAGCUUUUAGCUGCCUGCUCUUGAGACUGGCCUGUCUGCAACCUACCAGCAAAUCUCCAUCCCAUUCUGUCAUCCACACGAGCGUGGCUACAUAUAUUGCCUGAUCUGAUAUAUAAUGAAAUUUCUCCAGCUCUUGCAAGAAAAGCGGCGAAUGUCGCGAGACAGUACAAGCACAUAAUUUGUCCAAAACCCCUAGUGCGCUUAUAUCAUCUUCUCAAUCACAGCUCCGUAGAAACACACGUGUAUGCUUACGUAUUCGACUCAAUAUUUGUGUAAUUCUUCGGCGGCAUAAUUAGAACCUUGGCUUCAACACAUUUCAUAAAAAUAGACAAAUGUUUCAAAUUCUCUUAAUUUUGCACACGAGUAUAGUAUAGCUUUAUAACGGUCUGGUUAUACAUGAAGAUCCGAAGUGAAGUGACCAUUAUUCUGUAGGUCAAGCAACCAGGGACCCACAAUCGUGAGAGUUAUAUGUGUGGUUCAUUUUAAUUUUAGUUUAAAAUUUAACUAAAUUUAUUACUUUAGUGACUGUUAGUUGUUGUUGAAUCGUAGUUAACCGGUGACAAGCAGUCUUGUUGGGUACCGGUGUUCGAAGAUUUAAUUUUGAUUUUAGGAAUCUUCUUUAUGGAGUCUACCAAAAUUUUAACUCUAAAAAGGUUCUUAGUAGAAAGUUUUAAAAAUUUUUAAGCCACUAGGUUACUGUACGUUGCCAUGAACAUAUCAUCCACUUGCCAUGGCAAGUAUUGCAGCUGAUCAAGAUGCAGGUUUUUUAAUUUAUGAUCCCAGCGUCUCGCACAUAACCAUUGCUCAUGGUGUUUCCGUUUGGAGAAAAGUAAAAUCAUUUAUUUACAUUUCGAAUUUAAUUAACCUGUAAUAACAAAGGUAGUAAUGCAAAGGCGAUGAAAGAAUUUAUUAAUAGCUUAAAUCUUCGUUUAAUUUUUAAUAAUAUAUGUAACUGACAUAAACAGAUAUGUUAAAAUAGAUCAUUGUAGUUAAUAAAAAUAUUUCUAAUGUCUUAUAUUAUAUACUUUUACAAAAUCGCGUACAUUAUUUAUUUUCAAAUAAUAUUGUAAUGAUAUUCAACAGGACAUGUAAUUCUUUGUACUAUAUGGAAAAUUAAGAUAGAAAAAUUUCACGGAUGGUAACAAUUUUAGUAUAAUUUUCCCCAAAUUUUCAUUAUAUUCGUAUAGAAAUGAAUAAAACUUGUAAUAUUAUUCAUUUUAUAGAAGAGAAAUUACAUUGCUUGCUCAUCAUUGAUAAAAUAAUUUUAAGCAGCUGAUAAUUUGAACGAUAAACUGAGAAUGACGUGUUAUAAAGAACAAGACAGAUAACGAAAGAUAAUUUUUGAUCGCGUAUGUCUCACGAAUACUGAAAUUUUAUCGCAGUGUGCGUUAAGAACUCAUAAAACCUCGUUUAACUGCUGUAAAAGCUGAUAUCUGAUAAAGAAAUUUGUUACUUGGCCACAGAGCCGUCGUAGAGUAAAAUUUUGCACCUGCUCAUCACGGAAAUAUUGCUGUUCCAUCCCAGACAUCAACUGAUAUAUAAUAUUCUGAGUCUGUCACUCUGCGAUUGCUGUGAAUGAUCUCAUCUACCUCCAGCACAAUGUUGUCUGAGGUCGACGUUGAUGGCUUUCUUCGCCGAUCAACGUCACGUCUCUGCAGCUGAUUCGAAUUGCUGUCACCACAUCAUCUGACGUUUUUGCCUAAAAAAGACGUUUACUGCUAUUUCAGACCAAGUGAAGAAAGAAAUUAACGUUGAAUAAUGAAAAUAUUUAUAUCAGUCCUGUGGAUUUCACUGUGCUUAAUUGUGACUCCAAGCUCCUUUGCUUGUCCGAAACCUGAUGAUAUAGCUCCUUGCACUUGCUUUAAAGCAACCAUUUACUGUCAAGAACCAAAUAUAACUUUGCCUUAUCUCGAAAGAAUUAUGAAAAAUGUAUCUGCUGGAUUCUACCAAAGAAUAUUACUAAAAAAUCUGAAGUUGGGAAAUUUAUCACUUGAGAUCUUUGAGAAUGUUGAUGUUAAUAUGUUAGAGAUUAUUGAAUGUGAACUAUCUGGUAUCAUUUCAUCAAAUCGUGUCUUACCAGUAUUUGGAGAUACUUUAAGAGAAAUACAUGUUUAUAGAAGCAUCAAUGACACAAAAGGAGAUUUCACAUUGGAUUUGAAAUCCGUGCCAAGACUACACACUUUAGUUCUGUAUUAUAGUUCAAUUCCUUUGCUGAGAUCUGUUUGGUUUCCGAAGAGUCUGAAUUCUGUUACUCAUCUAAGAAUUUAUAAAAGUGGCAUAGAACAAUUUGAAAAUAAAGUUUUCCAGAACUUAAUUAAUCUAGAAGAAUUAGAUUUGAGUUCAAACAAGCUGCAAAAUAUCAGCCGAUCCUUGUUGCCAAAACCGGCCAAUAGUUUAAAAACUUUGGAUUUCAGUGAUAAUAUUAUCACAGAUGUGCCUGAAGAUUUCUUUAGUGAGAUGAUGUCACUUGAAACAGUUUCCUUUCAUAAUAACAGAAUAAGAAUUCUUCCAGAAAUUAUAUGGGGCAGCGUAUGGUCACAGCUUAAAGAGCUUAGACUUGAUGGAAAUCCUUUGGCAUGUGGCUCUGAAAUUGAAUGGAUGUUCAAUGCUAAAAGGCCUUCUAGACUCUUUGGUAGCUGUGCUGAACCCCCAGAAAGGAAGUAUCAAUAUAUGCAGUAUAUAAUUGAUGAACACAAUAGAAGAAAGGACUUAAAAUAAAUUCUUCAUUUCUUGAAAGCAAAAUAUUAUCUUUACUGUUUUGAACAGGAAAACAUUUUGAAUAAAAUUUUUUCUAAACAAGUAA